UGGAUCCCCUCUCAGCUGAUCAGGAAAAGCUAACAAGCAAUGUUACUUGCUCCAGUCACUCGCUCCUGUGUGCUGGGGCUGGACGCGCCUAACGGAAUCCAAGGAUUAUCUGAUUGAUACUCCAACAAUUGGGACUUAUAAAAUCGACCCAGUAACAACUCCCCUCCCUCCUCCAACUUUGGGAUUUUCCCCCUCUCCCUUCUAACCGUGUCAAGAGACAAACAUGUGAGGUUGAGAAAAAAUCAUGUUCUCAGAAGAAGGACCAACACCCAGCCAGGAGGAUGACUCCUCAGCAGAAGGCUAAUCUGCCCAAGGGGCAGAGCAAAGAAGACCCAAGAGUGUGGAUGCAGGAGUGGGGGAAGACGAUGAAGCCCACAGUCCAAAGGAGACGCUCGACCCCUUCUGCCAUUAGUAAAGCUCUCAGCAAGUCCAAAUCCCUUUCCAGGGAAAUUACUCUUUCCUCAUCGCAUCCAGAAAAUGGGCUACCAACUGGGAUCUUCAGUAGCCCAAAUUCAGGUUUCCUCUUGGAUGAGAGGGUACAACUUACCAUGGGACUGCAGACCCAGGAGAGACACUUGUUCCUCUUCAGUGACACGCUGAUUAUUGCCAAAUCCAAGUCUUCCUCCAGCUUGAAGCUGAAGAAGCAGGUGCGCCUGAGUGAAGUCUGGACUGGUUCCUGUCUCAACGAAGUGUCAGAGAAAAAGACGAGCCCAGAAAAUUCAUUUGUCAUAGGCUGGCCUACCACCAAUUAUGUUGUCUCCUUCAGCUCAUCUGAAGAGAAAGAGCGAUGGCUUUCAACAUUACUGUGGCAAAUCAAUGAGAUGAAACAGAAUGAAUAUCCGAAAAACAUAACAGUCCAAAUCUUCAUUCUGGAUGCUGACAGCUGUACUUCUACCACUACAGUAAAUGUGUCCAACACAGAAACAGCAGACAAUGUGAUCAAGAAGACAGCUAAUCAGCUUGGACUUCCUGGUAGACCAAGUGACUACCACCUCUGGGUGAUAUCAGGAAAGGAUGACCCUGCUUAUCCCCUUAUUGGGCAUGAGCAUCCUUUCAGCAUCAUACUGAGCUGCCUCCGAGACGCUGUGGACCACCACCAAGGAACCAACAACAACACGCUCCUAGCGGAUGGGACGGAGGCUUCCCUCCUGGAUCAGCUUCCCAAGGACAGGCAGUGUCAGUUCAUCCUGAAACCCAGGCCCCAUGCUCCAAUGCAGCUGAGGAGAGAAUCCUUGCAGAAACAUACGAAGAGGAAGAAAUCCUUGAUUGACUGGGCUUUGCGCCGGACUACCAGCACCCCCACAGGCAGCCCUGCAUCACAUUCUCCCCCCACCCCACGGAAACUUUUCGGCCUGUCUUUGUCCUCUGUGUGUCCUGAUGGAAUGCUCCCCAAGCCUAUUAUGGAUAUGCUGCUUCUGCUGUACCACGAAGGUCCCUCCACAAGAGGCAUUUUCAGGCGCUCAGCCAAUGCCAAGAUCUGCAAGGAACUGAAAGAGAAAUUGAACUCUGGAGAUGAUGUCCAGGUGGAUGGCGAGUCAGUCUUUGUGGCUGCAGCAGUCAUCACUGAUUUUCUACGAAAUAUACCUGACAGUGUUCUAUCCUCAGACAUGCACGGGCUGUGGAUGGAAGCCGUGGACACAGAAAAUCGAGCGCAUAAGAUUGAAGCCAUCAAAAGUUUGGUGAAGCAGCUCCCAGAAGCCAACUUCAUUUUACUCAGACACCUGUUUGGAGUCCUGCAUCAGAUUGAGCAGAAUUCAGGGGAGAAUCAGAUGAAUGCAUUUAACUUGGCUCUUUGCAUAGCUCCCAACAUGUUGUGGCUUCCUAGUCCCACUGGGCCUGAAGAAGAAAGCAAGUCUACAAAAAAGGUGGCCAUGUUAGUACAGUUCCUGAUUGAAAACUCAGCAGACAUUUUUGGAGGUGACAUCACUUCACUGUUUCAAAGGCCAGACAAAGAAAAGUCAAAAAACUCUGAGGAUUUCCUGGGUAUUGGCAGGGCUCAGCAAAACGAUUCCUCUGAUGAAAUGGAGUUUGCUGCCUGUGACCAGGAAAGACCAAAGCAGCAUCCCUCUGGUGGUUUGUUAUUUGAAGAGGAGCAGGAAGAUUGGGAUCUGUUUAGUGAGAUCACUGCCUGCUACCAAAGCAAAACCAGGAAGAAUGCCAGCGCAGACAGCUAUGAGCUCCUCGACGAAGAAGGCUCCUUCUGCUCCAUUGGCUCGAUACGUUCACUGAGUCCUGCAAGGGAUCGGUGCUCUUCUGAACCCAGUGUCUGCCUCAGCUCUCAGCUCCCCUCCCAGUGCCAUGAGCCAGUGGCCCGCCAGUCCCGCUGUGAUGCCACCAUCAUGCACAGCCACACUGAUUACAUCCACAGGCUCAAGCAGCUGCAGUUGGAGAGCCAGAAGCUGAUUGAUGAAGGCCUGAGCCCUGGGCUGAAUAAGACGAGGCAGAAUUUCUGGCAAUCUCCUGAGACCAGCUCUAGGGUGAAGAAGCUUCAGAAAACCAACCUGUCCAACAGGUCCAGCUUCUCCAGCCUGUCCUCUACCACCACUUCCCCUUCUGCCUCCUCACUAAGCUCCUUAGACAGUGCUUUCUCCUACUGCUCCGAGUCCUCAGCCUUCAGCCCCAGUGACGUCUCCUCCCUGCCUUUCAUGUUUGGCACUUCCACCCGACUCCAUGCCUUGUCUCCAAAGAUAGCAAAGAGGUCCCUGAAAGAAUGGACCAAGCCCUUGACAUCUCUUUUGCCUUUGAACCCUUGUGACUUGGACUCAUGCAGCAAGCCUGAGCAAAGGGACCGGGAGAGGAGUCACAGCACUGGGGAAAUGAAGGGUUUUGUGCCCAUCAAUGGCGCUGCCAUGGGAAGCCUCUUAAAUGAGAGUGACUGGGAGGAAGAGGAAAGGCAAGUGAGAUGUGUCAGGGGCUCUGGACAUGCUCUCGGACGCCAGUGUUAUUUCAAAGAGUCUGAAUGUAAAACAGACCCCCCCACUCACAUCCCAGCCACUGAGAGCUCAUCAGCCAUUGGCCAGCAAGGGCCCAGGGAAAAGUCAGUUAAGCACAUUGAGAUAAAAGGCCCAGAGGUUUCCCCUCCCAGACAGGAAAGCCUGAAGCGCACCAAGAUAACCUUUUACAUGGCCCCAAAUAAAGGAAGUCCACAGGGAUCUCCAAGGGAACAGGAGGAUGGAGGGUUCUCAGUGAGCAUCUGUAGCCCCAAAUCAAACAGCAGCAGUGGCCAAAGUACUUCCAAGAGCCAACCAACAGUAAGUGUCCAUAUACCCCAGACAGUGUUCUAUGGUCAGAACACCCCUUUGGUGCUGCACUCUGUCUCCAGGAGAUACCAUCAAGAAGCAACGAGCCAGCAGCUGCAAACGGAGUGCAAAGAGACUCCCCAAAGCAUUCCCCAGGCAGAGGGGCUGACGGACAAUGCUCAGCAAGCAGCACCUGCCAAAACCCACGGCAAAAGCAUCAACGCUUUCAGCCACACCAUCCGCAUCAUUCUCCCAGCCUCCAUCCGCAACACCGUCAGGGAAUACUUCAAACACGAUGAGGCCAAGAACUGCCAUGCAGCGGAUGCAGAAGCUGUGGAGAAUGAACUCAUCCGGAGCAGGGUGGAGUGGCUCAAGAGCCAACCACACACGGAUGCCUCUCCAGAGGAGUGCAAACCAGUGGCAUUUACAGAAGAGACAUUUGUCUAGGAGUAGAGAGUGGGAAGCGUGCUGGGGGAAAUGUUCUGUAAGAUACGACUGAGGUGUGAAGAAUCUAACAGGCUGUGUGGGUCAAUAAGUAUAAAGUGAUGCUAAUGUAUAAUUAAUGUGGGGGCUUGGGGUAUUUUUAUUCUCUGCUACCUUUUUUUCUACAAAAGGUACUUUACUGACCAGUGCCCAAUGGGCUCAAUCCUUCCCUACAUUUUAAAUUAGCUGAGUUGUACAGAGACUUUUAUCUGAAUUUCAAGCUCUCCUGAUUGUUUUGCCUCAAGUCACAGGUAUGUGUGUUGGUAAGCAAAAGCACUUGGGCAGCAAACUUGUAUUGCAUUUCAUAAAAAAAAGUCACGGUGGAUCCUUGACAAUGGAGCAAAGCUUUGAAUCACCCUGCAGUUUUUUUAAGUUUGUACAAAACUCCACAGUGUUGUUAAUUUUUUGUCACCAAUGUUCAUUGAAAUCCAAAGUAUGACGCUUUACCACUAACUCAAAACACACAGCUAUCUCUUCCCUCCUAACCUUCUUUGUCCCACACUUGAGUUUGUUGACUGAGGCUGGGAUUUCAAAGGCACCUACAGGAGGCAGUUGCUCGUGAUUGCCAUUAAAGGCUUUGGCACCUUGAAAGUUGCAGUGUUAAUGUUAGGAUGCAUUUACCCAGCAGGGCUUAACUUGAAAUAAGCUAUGCAAAUUGAGCUACGUCAAUUGCGUAACUUAUUUUGAAAUCGCUUAUUUCAAAAUUGGGAGCGUCUACACAGCACUUAUUUCAAAAUAGAGCGCUCUUCCUCUGACUUCCCUUACUCCUCGUACAAUGAGGGUUAUAGGAGUUGGAGUAAGAAGUCCUCCAGCUUGACAGUAUUUCAACAUUAUUUCAAAAUAACGGCCUGCUGUGUAGACGCGGACUAAGUUAUUUCGAAAUAACUAUUGCUGUGUAGAUGUACCCUUAUAGUGCAUUCACUUUCUCUUCUCCUGGCUCCCCGCAAAAAGUAUUUGGUGCAGAUCCUCAGCUUUUGUAAAUGGUCAUGGCUCAUCUGUCUUAAAUGGAACUACAGUAGAACCUCAGGUAAAAACACAAUGGGAACAGAGGUUGUUCAGAACUCUGAAUUGUUCAUCACUAUGAACAAAAUGUUAUCAUUGUUUCCCAAAAACUUACAACUGACCUUUGGCUUACUACAGCUUUGAAACUUUACUGUGCAGAAGAAAAAUGCUCUUUUUAACCAUCUUAAUUUCAAUGAAACAAGUGUAGAAAGUUUCCUGACCUUGUCAAAUCUUCUUAAACUUUCUCUCUUUUUUUAGUAGUUGAUGAUUAAUACAGUGCUGUACUGUAUUUGUUGCUUUUUCCCCCUGCUGCCUAAUUGGGGAUGUGUGGUUCCACUGGUGAGUUUAUAACUAGUGUUCAUAACUCUGAAGUUCUGCUGUAUGACAAUUUACACAUGCUGGGAGUCUGCUCCUUGGUUCUCUGAAAGUGGUUCAUCCUAUAUAAGUCUACUGAAGGAAAUAAUUAUUUCCUGGGGACCUUAACUGAUGGUGAAAUUUCAAGCACUUCUUUCUCAGGUACAAAAGCAGUGACUCUGGGGAUCCUACCUGUGAAGAGUUGAGUAUGGUUUGGUUUUGGUAUGAUGUUCACGGCGUGGUGGAAGUAGUUGAGAUGUGCUGCCGAGUGGAUACUGAAGUAAGGUCCAUUCAGACCAAAAAGCUGCCAAGCAGUUCAAGAACUGGACUACAUAAAGCUGAGAGAACAGCAGCUGCUAGACAGAUACAGCUUCCCUUGAGUAGGGAUUGAUUCUACUGAGUGAAGCACAUGCAUCAAUGUGUCAACUGGCUGCAGAAGGCCUAGAUUUGGGGAUAAGUCCAAAUUAUGUGAGUUUUAGAGAGUAUUUAAUAAUCAAGCUGCCACUGACAGGACAGAAAAGUUGGAAACAGUCUCAGAGUUCUGAACUUCUGCGUUCAAUGAGACUGUCCUGAAAUCCUCAGCUGGCUUUGAUCUAUUCAAACUUGUUUAGAAGUUCAUGAUGCUUCAGUUCACUUCCAAAGAGACAGCUGCUGUAGUUUGAUGGAGGUUAAGAAUUGUGGAUUUGUAGAGAUGGGAAAAGUCACUAAAGUUAAAGAGUUUGGAUGGUUUGUUUGAAUGUUUUGCAAGGCUGGUCCCCAUGCUGCCACACCUCGAGUGUUAAAGUAAAAAUAGGGAGGAUGGAGAAGAGAAAAGCAGAGCCCAAGGAAUUCAUACAUCUCUAUUCACUGUUAUAGGGCCUGAUCCUCCACAGUGCAAGUGGUUCCUGCAAGUGGCUGAGCACUUUCCUUUCCAUAACUUGAUUGCUCAGCACCCCACCAGACUGAACUUUAAUCAGUACAAAUCACCAUCCCUGACGUGAUCCAAGUGCCUGGAAGUCACCAGGGAAGAAACUUGUCUGGUGCUCUUUGCUAAAAUACAUGUCAUCAGAGGAGAAGGGAGCACACUGGCCCUUUUUCCAAGGUGCACAGGAUUCAGUUGGGUACAUGUAGCUUUUGACAUGGUCUGUGGCUCCUUUUAUUCCUGGCUCUCCUUGAUGUUGCUUGCCUGAUGAGAGAUGUAUACAAUUGUAUUACAAAUGCCCAAAAGCAUUUCUCUCACAUGCUCACUGAAGAGAUGUUCACCUUCUUCCCCAAGCUAUGGUUGUAAUUAUUUCAAUAAAAGACACACCGCUUUGUUUGUCAUUUAAUGCA